UGACCUGUCGUGCUCCAUCAUCAUCAUCCUCUCCAUGCCAGUCGCCAACCAUCGCCUCCCCCUUCCACUUCUCGCUCAUUGCAGCCCGAUGUCAAAAUCAGCAAGGAGAGUGAGAUGAGUGGUGUGAAAAAAGGUAGAUAGUUGAUGGUCCACAGGAGUUUCAACUUGCAUGUUGAUGUGUUUGCACAGCUCCAGCAACCAGCAUACAUUCCACAGCGCCUCUCUCCAUACCCGCUCUCCUGUCACAAGAAUUCUUUCUUUCCCUUUCAUUUCUUUUUGUUGCUUUCUUUCUUUGAUCUGUUGAAUGUGACACUUGGUCAGCAGCCCAACAGGAAUCUGGCAGCUAUAAAGUCCUCUUUGACCCGGUUCCUAGGUGAACAGUUCUUGAUUAGAGUCCGUGGUUUCUGGCUUGUCUGUGCUUGGGGCAGAUACUCCCCCCUUCUCAACCAAGAUGGAUACCCUUGUUGCACAAUGCAGUCAUCUGGUGUCGCCAGGAUAUAAAAACUUCAUUCUCUCCAUUUUGAUCAUCUUCGGGAUCCUCUUCUCCUACAUCCCCCAACACCACCGCAUCAUCACCCUCAAAAGCUCCUUCGGAAUCUCCCCAUACUUUGUCCUGCUGGGCACCACGUCCGGCUCGGCCGCCGUGGCCAACGUGGUGUCCCAGGAACAAAGCCUACAGGAUAUGGCCUGCUGCUCGAAUGUCAGCGGAUUCUCCUGUUUCGCAGGCCUCCUGGGGAUCUUCCAGGUGGUAACCCAGUGUCUCUGCUUCUUCACCAUUCUCUUCCUCUUCACCUUCUACUUCCCCAGAGAAUGCCCCGAACCACCGCAAGUCACCCCAGGAUACCCCAAGCCCAGCCGGGGCCCCACCUACCGCACCGCCCUGGUCGUCUGCGCCAUCUGCAUCCUGCACGCAGCCGCCAUGCUGAUCACCACACUCGCCGUCGGCCUGAAGCAGCCCUCCGCCCUCCAGUCGUGGUCCAACUUCUGCGGUAUCCAAGCCGCCGUCCUCGCCUCAAUCCAGUACUUCCCUCAGAUCUGGACCACCCUGCGACUGCGCUGCGUCGGCAGUCUCAGCAUCCCCAUGAUGUGCAUCCAAACACCCGGCAGUCUCGUCUGGGCGGGCAGCCUCGCUGCCAGACUCGGGACCAAGGGCUGGAGCACGUGGGGCGUGCUGAUCGUGACGGCUUGUCUGCAGGGCACGCUGCUGAUGCUGGGCAUAUUCUUCGAAUACCUCGGUCCGAACAAGGGCCAUGCGCACCAUGGUGGAAAGGACACGACGCAGGAUGUCGAAGCCGAGGACGACGAUGAUGAUGAUGUUGUUGACGGGGUGGAGGAGCCGCCAUCCGAAGAGACGCCGCUAUUGCGGGAUCGGUGAUUCUGCCAAGCAGAUUGCUGUUUUUGGAAGAGCUGGAACAAACUCUCCAAAUGGUUUCUGAGAGCGUUUAUAUGAUAUAUGUACUGGAAUGUGUAUGCCUACCUUUUCUUUCCAUGUUUAGCGUGAUGAGCAUGUGUUACUCAAUCUGCUGGUUAGAACCUGUUUGUUUCAUGGUAGUGCUAGUGGCUAGAUGCAAGGAAUGGGAUGAGGUGCUGCUGUGCGGUGUGUUACUAAAACCCAACCAUGCUGUCAGUGAAAUAGAGAAGACAACGAAAGAGACAAAGAAAGACCCGGCUCUAUUUAUGGAUGGGUAAAGGUGAUAAGGGGUGGUGGUGUUAGUCAGGAUACAUAAAUGCAUCAGAUGGGAUAGAUC